CUCUCUGUGAUAUCAAUGUCUCCGUCAGCACUAUCACAUGUGGUGGUCGCAGGAGCUGCCCUAGGGUUGGGCUACUAUCUUGGGUCACGAAUAGGCACCCAAGACUCCGCACCUGCCGCUCAACCUAUACCGCCGUCGGAGCUAAAGGAUAAGGAACCACCCAAGGCUGAACCGGAGGUAGAUAGUGAAGAAGAGGAUGAUGCGCUCGCAGACGGAGAUCUUAGUGCGGUCAAAGCAGGCUUUAUGCAACCUUGCAAAUUGGUCCUAGUCGUGCGAACGGAUCUCAAAAUGACCACUGGAAAGAUAGCUGCACAGUGUGGACACGCAACACUAGCAUGCUACAAGGCAUUAUCGAGGACAAAUACUGCGCUCGUACAACAUUGGGAGAAGACUGGUCAAGCUAAAAUUGCUCUCAAGUGUUCGUCGGAGGACGAGCUCCUUGAACUCGAAGCGGUUUCCAAGAGUCUCAAUCUCUGCGCUCGAUCAAUACUGGACGCUGGUCGUACACAGAUCGCGGCAGGUUCCCGCACUGUUCUUGGUAUUGGUCCUGCGCCCAUAGAUCUCAUCAAUCAGGUGACAGGCCACCUGAAGCUCUUGUAGUUCCGACGGGCUUCUUAUUUACACGCUGUACAAGACGCCCAUCCAAAUUGUACGCCUGUAUCGCCCAGUCAACCAGGUGUCCGUUUCAAUGUGAGGAUAGUAUAGUGCGAUAUAGUACAAAUGAGUAGUCCGUGUGCAUGCUGUCUA